AUGGAAGAGCCAAAGUUUAGCUACGAUUCUUCAAAUAUUUUCAAAGAUUUAUUCUUCACCUGGGCUUUUCCUGUUAUAAACUUUUAUAAAAAACAUCCUCCUGAACCCUCAAAUUUAUUAAAAGUCCCAAAAACCUUUUAUAUUAAUGAGACUUUUGAAGCCUUAGAAAUUGAGUGAGAGAAAGAAUUAGCAAAGCCCAAGCCCAAAUUCUUUAAAGCAUUAAUGAGAGUAAUUUGAUGGGACUGCUUACUCCCCCCCCCCCUCCGUGAGCGAACAAAACCAUUAGAAAAAUCACCAUUUUUUGACCAAAAACCCACCCUCCGUGAGCGAACAAAAAUUUUUUUAAUAGAAAAAAAUUUUUAAUGGAAAAAAAAUUUUUGAUAUAUAAGUGAUAAUUAGUAUAAUGAAAUCUAGAGCUAAUUCUGUUUAAUUUUAAACAAAUUGCGUUUUAAAACAUAAAUUUUGCAAAUUAAAUUAAUAUUUGCUUCCCAAUUUUUUGCAAAUUAGGAUUUUUUUAAAUUUCGAAAAAAAUAUUUUUUAUAAAAUUUAUAUAUAUAAUUUUUUUUAAAAAAAAAAAAUAACCCCCCCCCUCCGUGAGUGAACAAAAUUUUUUUGUUCGCUCAAGGAGGGGGGGGGGGGAGUUAAAAUAUUUUGUCCCUGGCAUUAUUGGUUACAACCUAAGCUUGAUCCAAUCUUUAUUAGUCAUUUAUCUAAUUAACUUCAUACAAGAUAGUGGCACAGAAACCUGGGUCGGUGCUUGUUAUGUAAUAGCUUAUGCUGGAGCAUCACUUGGCAAUUUUUUGCUUUUGAAUUAUUCUGUUUUUAAGGUCUGAACCCUAAUUAUUAGAGUAAAAGCCAUCGUCCCAAUGCUUUUAUAUAAAAAAAUCCUCAAUGUUUCUCAUACAGUGAUAUCCCAAGGUAAUGCAAAGGGAAAAGUCGCAAAUGUCAUUGCUUCAGAGCUUGAAUUUAUGGAUCAAAUGAUAGUCUUAAUACUACUUUUUGCUAUUCCAACCUAUCUCAUAGGUGCAUUUUUGAUUUUAGGCUUUACUAUAGGUGUUGCUGGUAUAAUUGGCAUUCUUGUCGUCAUACUGCACUGCCCUAUAAACUUUAUUUUAGGAAAAAUGACAGGAAAAUAUAGGAUGAAAGUUGCCCUGCAUACUGAUGGAAGAAUAAAAAUGAUCACAAAUUUGAUUGAAGGAAUUAGAAUUGUCAAGCUUUAUGGAUGGGAAUCUCCAUAUUUAGAAUCAAUUUUUUUGAAAAGAAGAGCUGAGAUUAAAGCUGCGAUCAGCAAAAUUAAUUUUUUAUGUCUUUAUAGGAUGAUUGGUGGUGGGGGAGUUGGAUUAGUGCUUUUUGUGACUUUUGCUAUACAAUGGGGAUUAGGAAACUCCUUAGAUCCUGGAGUUGUGUUUAGCACUGUAACGAUUUUAAUGGUCACACAUAUUCUCGUUUCAAUUGUUGGUGCAAUGUCUGUGGUCCAAUUAUUUUUAUUUGCAAUUUCGAUGAAAAGAAUUACAGAGACUUUACUAAUGAAAGGCAGAAACCCAAAAGCUGUUAAUGAGAGCGAAAAAUAUGCAGUUCAAGCUAAAAAUGCUUCUUUUGCAUGGAAUGAGAUUCCUGAAGAAAACAGCCAUAAAACCCAAGAAAAUUUAAUUGAACCUACAACUGCAACAAAUGAACUGGUUCUCUCAAAUUUAAAUAUUAAAAUAACACCAGGAGAGCUUCUUGUUGUAAUUGGUCCAGUUGGCUGUGGUAAAAGUAGCUUACUCAUGGGCUUGCUUCAAGAAAUCCCUCUUGUAGAUGGCAAGCUUAAUAUUGGAGAAAGAAUUUCAUUUGCAGGAGAUGAUCCAUGAAUAAUCCCAGGAAGCCUCAAAGAUAAUAUAUUAAUGGGAACUGAGCUUGAUGAAGAAUUCUAUAGAAAGACUCUUCGAGCCUGUGCUUUGGAAAAAGAUAUCGAAAGUUUCCCUUUCAAAGAUAAUACAGUAGUAGGUGAUAGAGGUAUAACUCUCAGUGGAGGACAAAAAGCCAGGCUAAGUCUUGCUAGAGCUGUCUAUUCGAAGCGCGAUAUUGUUCUCCUAGAUGAUCCCUUGAGUGCUGUCGAUGCUGAAGUUGGCCACCAUCUAUUUGAAAAAUGUAUUAAAGAAGUGCUGAAAGACAAAACAGUCGUUUUAGCCACUCAUCAAAUACAUUUCAUGUCUGAUGCUGAUAAAAUUUUAGUCUUGGAAAAAGGAAGGCAAGUAUUUUUUGGAAACUACCAAGAGUUGAUAGAAAGAGAAGAUAUUUCGCAUAUCGUAGGAGAAUUAAGGAAAGAAAAAGAUGAAGAAGAAUUAGAAGUUUUAAAGAAAAGAGAAACAGAAGGGGGAGAGAAAACAGCAGAAACAAAAGACAAGCUGACUAUACAAGAAGAGGAAAGAGCAAGCGGGUCAGUUCCAAUUUCAAUUUAUUUUAGAUUUUUGAUUUAUGGCUAUAAAUCAUACUUGAUUUUUCCGCUUGUUGCUUUAGUCUUAUUCCCUCUUUUUAAAUUGAAAUAAAAAUUCUGUUCUGAUUUAAAGGGGUUAAUUUUUUUUAAAAAAAUUAUAUUUAAAUUUUUAAAACAUUUAAAACAAAUAAAUUGAGCACAAUACUUUGAAUUCUAAUUUAUUUUUAUAAAGAAAUAAUUAAAUCUUAAUCAACUCAGUGUGGGAAAAGUUGAAAUAGAACUCUAAUUGCACUUUUUCUAUUAAACUAGGCCAAACUAAAUUUAUAAAAUUUAUUAUUUUCAUUUUUAAUUAUUUUAAAAAAAAAAAUAAUUGAGAAUACUUUGAAUUAAACUUAAUCGAUUCAUUGUGAAAAUCUUUUAAUAAGACUCUAUUUUAAAACAAAUUUUAUUCAAUUAAAAGGGUUAAAGUACCCCAAAAUGCAAAUUUUACCGAUACUUUGUUUCAAUUAAAGUGGAGUUAAUUAUUGCUCAAGUCUUUUAUAUUGCGAUUGUUUGAUGGCUUGCUAUAUGGGCUUCACAAUCAGAUUCAGAUCAAGAAGACUCCAUUUAUUUAUGAAUUUUAGCUAUAAUUGUUAUUGCUCAUUAUAUUUUUGCCUACAUUAGAGGUUAUAUUCUUGGAGUUGGGAUGAUUAUUUCUUCAAAGCAUCUACACAAUAAAGCUUUAGAAGGAAUGACGAAGGCAGAAUCUGUUUUUUAUGAUAAAAAUCCUACAGGGAGAAUGAUAAAUCGCUUUUCUAAAGACACUUUGGUUAUGGAUGAAGUUUUAACAAUUUUCUUCUUUGAUUUGAACUUUCCUUUUUUUGCUAUUAUGGGGAAAAAUUGAUCUGCUUCCUUGCGCCACUGGCCCUAGAAUCGAAGGUCCUCUUCUGACGGAAUCCGAGGGUUAGUUAGUUUUGCCAGUAUAAUUUUGGCUUUUCACUAGGUUCCUGGUAUAUGCAUCAGCAAAUUCAGGAUGACUUCAUAAAAUAAAUGGUGCUAGGAGGCUUUGUGCUGAGCUGGGGGCGUGAAGGAGGUACAAACGAUCAUCUCCAGCCAAUUCUCUCCUGGAAUAGGACUUUCAGCCGCUAGAUCUUGGAUUCAGAAGGAGCAGGGAUCUCCCCCAGAGAGAUUUUGAGUCACCAACUGGUGAUGGCAACACUAAUUUUGAUGAUGUCAUCAGAAAAGAAGAAAAUUUUAAAUAGCCUUUACAAGAAUUCUUAAUAGUGCUUAAGGACCUGAAAUACAGCCCGAUAAAAUCCUUCUCUCUUUGAUUUGAUUAAUAAUACAGUUACUUUGCUUGCCAAUAUUGUUGUAGCUGUUAUUAUUGCUCCUCCAAAUGUAGCUGUGCUUUUUGGGCUAAUUGUUUAUUUAACUCUACUUAUGCGGUAUAUUGUUCCUGUGACAAAGGAUCUAAGAAGAAUUGAAAUGGUUUCUAAAAGCCCGAUUCUAUCAUUAGUAAAUUCCUCUGUGCAUGGGUUAGUGACAAUAAGAACUCUUGGAUUCCAAUCAAAAUUCAUCCAAGACAUGAAAGAUGCAAUCACUUUUAAUAUGAGGGCUUUGCUAGGAUAUCAAGUUGUCCUAAGAUGCAGCCAAGUCUAUACAGAGUUCGGAGCUAACGUAGUUAAUGUCAUAAAUAUCAUUGUCUUCCUGCUCUAUAAAGACACAAUGGAUAAAAGUUUGGUUGCCAUGAGUAUUUCAUUAAUUAUUUCCUGCUGUGGGGUUUCAGGCUAUUGGGCUAAGACUAUGGUAGAAACUGAAAAUCUUAUGGCAUCUCCUCAAAGGUUGAUAGAAUAUGCAGACAUGCCAAGUGAAGGAGAAUUUGAGACUAAAGAGCCAUUUCACAUCACCAAAGGUAAAAUUGAGUUCCAAAACCUUUCUAUGAAAUAUAGGGAUAACUUUGACCUUGUCUUAAAAGACCUUUCCUUGACUAUUGAAGCUGGAAAAACAGUCGGGAUAGUUGGCCGCACUGGAGCUGGAAAAUCUUCUAUAAUGCAAGUCCUUUUUAGACUUACCAAUCCAUGCUCUGGCACUAUACUUCUUGAUAGCCAAGAUUAUAGAUAUACUGGCCUCCAUCAGCUUAGAAAACAAAUGUCAGUAAUUCCGCAGUUUCCUACAAUUUUUAUGGCUAGUUUUAGGGAUAAUCUUGAUCCAUUUCAUGAGCAUUCUGAUGAAGAAAUUAUUGAUGUGAUACAGCAAACUAAACUGUCAGGCCUCAUCAAUUCGUAUGCAAAAGGGUUAAAUACUAUGCUUAUUGGGGAAGGAGGGAAUUUAUCGGCAGGAGAAAAACAGUUGAUAUGUUUAGCAAGAGCACUUAUAAGAAAGAAUAAAAUUGUGAUGAUGGAUGAAGCUACUGCAAAUGUAGACCAUGAGACUGACAAAUUCAUCCACAAACAAAUCAAGACCAAGUUUUCAGAAAGCACUGUGCUAAUUGUAGCUCAUAGACUAAGAACUGUUAUUGAUGCGGAUAUGAUCAUUUUUAUGGAGUCUGGAACAUGCAAAGAGUAUGGAUCUCCUUAUGAAUUGGGAAAUAACGAAAAAUCAGUAUUUAGGAAAAUGAUUAUAAGUACAGGACCUCAAGAGUCACAGCACUUGCUAAAGAAAAUUUCAUUGUUUGAAGAUUAA